AAUUGUCCGUCUAUUGCUGAACUUUUUCCCACUAAUGCCACUCGUUGCGUUGCCUUUUAUCAUCAAAUAUCAUCAUCACGUUACCUCCUGACUCUCCUCUCUUCAUAUAUCACUCUUAUCUUCUCCUCAAAUCUCUGUAAAAACAAAAGAAAGACUCAAACUUCAAAAGCUUCUCAAUGGCGAAGUUGAUUGUGCUGUUUGCUCUGUGUGUGCUUCCGGCUCUGGCCAUCGCCACGCGUCCCAUGAGGACCCCAUUCACGGUGGAAGGAAGGGUCUACUGUGACACUUGCCGUGCUGGGUUUGAGACCUCAGCCACCACCUACAUUCCCGGUGCCACUGUUAGGCUAGAAUGCAGAGACAGGAAGACCAUGGAUAUCCGAUACACCAAAGAAGGGAGAACUGACUCAACAGGAACCUACAAGAUCCCCGUCACAGAGGACCAUGAGGACCAGUUUUGUGAUGCUGUUCUUGUUAGCAGCUCUCAGAAGGACUGUGCGGCAGCUUCCCCAGGGCGUGACCGUGCACGUGUUAUCCUCACCGGCUACAACGGCAUUGCAUCAUACAACCGUUUUGCCAAUGCAAUGGGGUUCAUGAAGAAUGAAGCCGUGUCUGGUUGUGCCCAGAUUCUCAAGCAAUUGCAGGAGUUCGACGAGUAGAUGUGGUUUGAGUUCCUAGAAUGUGUCUAGUUUUAAUACUUUGCUCGGCUUGCCCUGCCAAUGUUUGCUACUAUUUGUUUGUUUGUUUAUCUCAACAUCUAGAGAUUCUUGAUUUUAUUUGCUAAUACUAUCUUAAACUAUAUUACAUGGUCUGUUCUGUCCUGGAAAUGAUAGCUUCUGUUAAAUAAUAUUAUUAAUUAUUGAUUAAA